GGGAGCAGCUCAGUGCAGAGCUCAUUGCUGAACUGCUGGAAGUAUACUACACUAUGGCACAGACUGUUACCCUCAAUGGUCCCUCUCCCUGGGGAUUUAGACUAGUGGGAGGCAAGGACUUCAGCACUCCUCUCACCAUUUCAAGAAUUAAUCCCGGAAGCAAGGCUGCUCUGGCUAACCUAUGCCCAGGAGAUGUUAUUUUGGAAAUCAAUGGGGAAAGCACAGAAAACAUGACUCAUCUCCAGGCACAGAAUAAGAUUAAGGCCUGUUCCAGCCACCUGAUGCUUUCUCUGAACAGGUGUGAUGGGAGGGCCUGGUCACCGACAGAAGAACUUAGACAGCAGCCGCGUAAAUACAGUCUGGAAUCAGAGCUACAGGACAUUUUUCCAUCAGAAAGCACAAAUAACAGACGACCCGCUUCAUUUUCUCCACGGAUUAGCCCCAGUGAUGUUCGACCAAUGCUCAAUGCCCAAUACAACAAUCCAUCCAGGCUUUACACAAAUGACAACAACAAUGGCAUAGACUCUCACCUUUCUUCACACAUGGGCCGGAUCGGUAUUUCUUCACCUCCCAAUGUUGACCCACUGAGGAGCAUUCCAAGGAGCCGAAAUGGAAUAGAUGUUGAGUCAGAUGUGUACAAAAUGCUACAGGACUACGAAGUACCUGUGUCACAGCCCAAGCAGUCUGGUUCAUUCAAGUACUUACAAGACAUGUUAGAGGCUGGGGAGAAUGGUGAGAAAGUAGAAAGACCAUCCAGCUCCAGAAAUGUCAAAUCACCAGUGUCUAAACUCAGUAGCCCUCUAAGUGGCUUACAGGUGCUCCCAGAAUGCACCAGAUGUGGAAAUGGAAUUGUCGGUACAAUAGUCAAAGCUCGAGACAAGCUCUACCAUCCAGAAUGCUUCAUGUGUGACGACUGUGGGUUGAACCUGAAACAGAGGGGAUAUUUCUUUAUUGAAGAGCAACUCUACUGCGAGACUCACGCCAAGGAGAGAGUGAAGCCUCCUGAGGGAUACGAUGUUGUGGCUGUGUAUCCUAAUGCCAAAGUUGAACUUUACUAAACAAUAAAAAGCUUAUAUUUUGGAGAAGCAUAUAGUUUCCUACCAAGCAAUAUUUUCCAAGGCCUACCUGCAAGAAACUUGUGAAAUGGUUCACAUUCCCAAGACAUCUUCAUUCCUGAAAUUCUAUCAAUGAAAUCCAUGCAGAAAGACAAUAACAUAGCUUCAUAAUAUUCAUUGUACUCCCUGAAUGAAUUAUGCUAAGCACAGUACCCAUAGAUAGCAUUUUGGAAUGGUUUAUAACACUUAAGCAUUAACUAUCCAUAUGUUUGCAUUGCUGUUGUGCUUAAUACUGCAGUCUACAUGUGUGCAAUCUACUUUUUUUUAUGUUUUGGCACCAGCAGAAAUCUUCUGUAAAUACUAAAUAAUAUUUCACUUCUGCUCUA